AUGAAUAUCUCAACUGAAAUUGAACUUGGACUGAAACGGUUGUGUAACCCAGCACUGAUAAACGACAAAUGUUUCCAAACAUUACUACAAAAAGCUGAAAAGAUACUGGGAACAUUGUUAGAUGAUACUUCGGAACAGACAUUUGACAAUGAGUCUACCACAUGCAUAACGUCUAAACAAGAUAUUGCUAAAGAAGCAUAUGCUUCAUUGAUAACUUUAUUUACAAUUUCUAAUCGACAUUGCCUAGACGGAAAGUCAUUGAAUCAAAACCUACAAACAAUAGUUUUGGCUAAUACUGAUCGUUUACCAGAGAUCAUUAAAACCUAUGAAUCUGUUAGACCACGUCUUUUGGAAGUUUCAAAGAUUACCACUACAUCUUUGGCUAAUGUGGUUGAUGUUGAAUGCCGCCUCGAUUACUGUGUACAAUCUAGUGUUUUUGAUGACGUAUCAGAAUUCUUAUACAAAGUGCGGCUGAAGACAAUAGACAAUGGUACAAUAAAAUUCAUUGACUUCGUCUGCAGUACACAGGAACUUCAAGAACUAGUUUUUAAGCUAAAGGAUGCAGUUCGGCAUUUAGAAAAAAUUGCUUCAACCAGUUAA